AUGGUUCAACCUGAUGCAACCACCAAUGCUACUACCAGUUUUCAAGGUUGGCUCAUGAAACAAAAACAUGGUUUUUGUCGGACAUGGCUCAAACGAUAUUUUGUUUUACAAGGAAGAGAAUUAUCUUAUUAUCGAAAUGAGACUGACAAGUCACCUCAAAAUGUACUCGAUUUGGAUCAUUAUACUAUUUCAUUUAAAAAACAAUCACGUCGAAAUCGAAUAUUUGUCUUGGUAGCGGAUGAACACCAUAUGCAACCGGAUUAUUAUUUACAAGCAGAAUCAAGAGAUGAAUUGGAACUGUGGGUCAGUCAUUUACAACAACAUAUGUCCACAAGUAGCGUUUUGGAUAAAUGGUUAGAAAGAUUGGAUAUGUCGUCUUCAUCUCAGCAUAAAACUGGAUCGUGUACUUCACUUCAUGUACCUUCUGGUCAUCAUCAAUAUCAUCAACAACAUUCACAACAACAACAAUCUUCUAUACGAUCACAUCGCUCAGUUGAAUCCAUCCAUACCUUUUAUUCUCUGCCAAGUGAAUCACAUCGUGUCUCGUUCACCAAUGAUCGACGGCCUUCUUCUCAAUCAACACAUAGCAACAGUAGUAUCAUUAGUAGUCUCAGUCAUGCCAGUAACAGUACAGCCAAUACGACUCCUAUUACUCCUUAUCGAACCAUGACUCCAUCAAUAACUACUUCUGCCACCACUUGUUCUUCAUCCUCUGUGUCUUCGUUAUCUUCAUCAUCAACAUCUAUCAAUGGAAGCAAAUUUUUCUCAUCGCGACUAUUUUCAAGAAAACAAUUUCAUCCGUCAUCCCCAUUGGAUUCAACCCCUACUACGGGAGCCACCAAUAUGAUGUCUCCUUCAACUCCAUCACUUGUCAUAGCCGCCACCACCACCACCACCACCACUGCCUUCUCCUCAACCGAUACCUUGGAUGAUCAGCAACAUGAUCAAGAAGUUCAAGAUUGCCACCAUCAACAAGAACAAAUAUCAUCAUUGGAAUGUCAACAAAAUAAAGAUACAUCAGUGGAUCUUCGUUUAUUCUCUUCAUGUCCCAGUCCUUUAUUGGUUACUCCUAUUAUCCAUCCAAGUGAAUACAACCACGAUGAUGAUCCUCAAGAACGACUGAAACUUCGCCAACAACAGCAACAAGAUGUACCUUUGCCUCGUGGUCACUCCUGUUCGAAUCUUCAACAUCCUUUGGGUCAACCUACCCUUUCUACCUCUUGA